AUGUCUCACAAGAUCUUCUCGUACCCCAACAACCACCGCGUGUGGAAGGCCCAGAUCGCCGGAAACUUCACUGGUCUCCAGAUCGAGGCCCCUGCCUUCCAGAUCGGAGUCGAUAACAAGACUCCCGAGUUCGCGGCCAAGUUCCCUCUCCAGAAGGUUCCCGCCCUCGAGACCCCUGAGGGUCCUCUCUUCGAGAGCAACGCCAUUGCCCGCUAUGCGGCCAGGUAUGGUGGUAGCUCCAAGAUCUACGGUUCCAGCCCUUAUGAGGCCUCGCUGAUCGAUCAGUGGAUCGACUUCUCGGCCAACGAGAUCGAGCUGCCCGCCUCCGCCUGGUUGUACCCGAUCUUCGAGAUUGUGCCCUUCAAUGCCGAGGCCACCGAGCGCGCCAAGGCCGACAUCAAGAAGGCCCUUGAGCUGCUCAACAAGCACCUCACCUACAGGACCUAUCUCGUUGGCGAGCGCGUCUCCCUCGCUGACAUCGUUGUGUCGAUGGCUCUCUACCGCCUUUACACCAUGGUGUUGGACAUCACCUUCCGCAAGAACUACGGCAACGUGAACAGGUGGUUCCUGACGUGCGUCAACCAGCCCCAGUUCAGGACCGUGCUGGGCGAGACCAAGCUGGCUGAGAAGAUGGCUGUGGCCAAGGGUGCCACCGCUGCCCCCGCCAAGAAGGCCGAGGCCGCUCCCGCCAAGAAGGCCGAGACCGCUGCCGGCGGUGAGGAGGAGGAAGGCGCUGCCAAGCCCAAGGCCAAGAGCAAGCUGGACCUCCUCCCGCCCACCAAGCUCGACCUCGACGAGUGGAAGAGGACCUACUCGAACAACGACAUCCUCAAGGUCGCCAUGCCCUGGUUCUGGGAGCACUUCGACGCCGAGGGCUGGUCGCUCUGGCUGUCGGACUACAAGUACAACGACGAGCUCACCAAGAUGUUCAUGACCAGCAACCUGGUCGGCGGCUUCCUCCAGCGCAUGGACAAGCUCCGCAAGUACGGCUUCGGCUCUCUUCUCAUCUUCGGUGAGGAGCCCAAGCUCCAGAUUGGCGGCCUCUGGCUCUUCCGCGGCACCGAGCUCCCCGAGGAGCUUUGGGAGAACCCCGACGCUGAGCACCACACCUGGACCAAGGUUGACCACGCCGACCCGGCCCAGCGCAAGCUCGUCGAGACCUACUGGUCGUGGGAGGGCGACUUCGGCGACAGGAAGUUCCAGGAUAACGGCAAGAUCUUCAAGUAA